GGUUCGUGUGCAUAGUUCAGUCAGCGACGCAUAUACGUAAUAGCAACGCGGCAACCAACGUUCGGCAAAGUUCCAGGUUCCUCAGUGAAGCGAUUUCUCCAAUUUAUCGCCGAGAGGUUAUAACCGGGUAUUUCGAUACCUCUUUUCAUUCCACAGUAACAAAUACACUUAAAAAAUGACCGAUCAAGUGAAUCCGAAAGCAUACCCGCUGGCCGAUGCUACUCUGACAGCAAAGAUCUUGAAUUUGGUUCAACAAGCAAUGAACUACAAGCAGCUUCGCAAAGGAGCAAACGAGGCUACAAAGACGCUUAAUCGAGGUCUAUCAGAGUUCAUCGUGAUGGCUGCAGAUGCAGAGCCUCUAGAAAUCUUACUCCAUCUUCCGCUGCUCUGUGAAGACAAGAAUGUUCCCUACGUCUUUGUUCGAAGCAAGCAGGCGCUUGGGCGAGCUUGCGGAGUUUCCAGACCUGUAGUCGCUUGCUCGGUAACAGUAAAUGAAGGAUCUCAGCUUAAGCCACAGAUUUUAGCUAUCCAACAGGAAAUCGAACGGCUAUUAGUGUAAAGGCUGUAAUAAAGGUACCUCUUUAGGAGUACCUGAUUCUAAAAAUUAACACACUGUGGAAUAAAUUCCCAUAUUUUUCUACACAAUCCUGUUUUGCUCUUUCGUUCGAGCAAGUAUACCAGAAAUUAUUUCAAGGAACACGAAACUGAUUUAAAUAUACAUGCGUGUAUAUAUAUAUAUAUAUAUUGUAGAACUACAAAUAAUUGUAUUAUUGUCAAUAUUUGAAUUUCAUACCUACUUCUCUCAUUACCAUCUGCCGCAACCAUUUACUAAAUAUUUUUGUUUAAUUUGGAAGACCAGUAAAUAAAUGAAACUUUGUAAAAAAAAAAGUCAUCGUUUUACUACGUUUCUUUUUGUAAUGUUGCCCUCCCUCUCAUGUAAUCAGUACCUCUGCUCAUGGCUCGGCCUUUUGUGAAUUUGACUUUUGAAAGUUGGAAUAAUUCAUGCAUUUCACUAUAGAG